ACGGCGCAGGAUCUAAAACCGUGCUAGGCGCUGCUCUCCACGCUCGCUCGCGCUCCGCUCGCUCUUCUCUUACCCGUGUGAUCUACCCGGUCGCUUUUUCGUGGGGGAAACCUGAAACACGCAUAUACCCGUGGCUGCCUACGACCCGCUGCGCGCCCGCUUACGUUGACAUCAUCGGUGAUCAUCGGUUGUUUAUGUGCUACGACACACAGUGAUCGAACGACAAUACAGGAGAGAGAAAACGCCGCGACGCGCCGUAUGUGAAUGUGUCAAGUACACGGAGAGUGGCAGGAACGAAAACACGACUCGGCCACCCAUCCUCGCCUCUUCCUCCGGAAGCCACCGACCGAGAGGCAACCGCGCGCCGUCUCGAUGCGGCGCGUCCGGCUCGCGGGCCUCGCGAUCACCGCGCGCGCGAACUAGAUGCAUCCCCGACGACGCCGCGUCGUCUGCCGAGAGAGAAGAAGAAGAAUCGUUCGGAGCUCGUCGUCGAGCCUCGUCGUCGGCGUAGUACCUGCCCCGACGACACGUGGCCCCCCCGCGCGAGAUAUGCGGCAUUGACGAGCGCGGGUGUUCUCCUGCGAGAGAGACUUUGCCUACGUUUCCUGGACGUCCGAGGCGAGGACGUGUUGCCGCGACCUACGACGAUGAUAAUGUGGAAGCACGUGUGCCCGCUUGCAGACGUCGUCGCCGUGAUUCCGCUGCUAUCGCUGCGAGCGCUCGCCGUGCUCUGCUGACGCUUGUCCGCGACGUUCGUCCGUGACGAUUCCGCGUGGGCUGUUGCCUAGCUGAGAGUGCGACGUCGCCGGAGCGAAUAGAGGAGAGUACAAAGGGAAAAAGGGACAGAAGAAAGAAGAGAAUCUGCGCGACGAUUGUCCCGAAAGAGAAAGGAGGGGACGGAAAGACAACAGGAGCUACAUUUGGCCGAGACGACUGCUGGUCUACCGACGCAGCUGGGAAUCCAUUCUGACCGGCUCGUUGUUCUUCACCGAACGACGUACAAUUUUCGUGAAAGUCCGAGAGAGUCACGCAGCGUGUCGAAGCGUUUUUAGGCGCGUCGAACGCGCGUACAACAGUGCCGGCGAAGUGUUGUGAAGUGUCGAGGCUUGCUUCCUUAUACUGUGGGAAAAUACAGCCGCUACGGUGGCUCAGCACGCAGAGUUCCCCGGCGCGGCCAGGGCGUUCAUGGCGCAGCCAAGGUAUGACGAUGGCGGGCUGCACGCGGGUUACCUCGAGGGCGGAGGUGGCGGUGGUGGCGCAGGGCUAUACGACCCACACGGUAGUGCCCGUGGCGUUCCCGGUCUUCAUCACAGUCCACACCUCGGGGGAAUGGGUCCGGCUCACCCCCAAUACCCACCGCCCCCGCCUCAGCCGCCCCAGCACGUUCUCGCGGCGGCAGCUGCGGCCGCGGCCUCCGCGGUACCGGAUGUUCACAAGCGCGACAAGGACGCCAUAUACGGACAUCCCCUGUUCCCGCUGCUCGCGCUCAUAUUCGAGAAAUGCGAACUUGCGACGUGUACACCGCGCGAACCUGGUGUAGCGGGUGGCGACGUCUGUUCGUCCGAAAGCUUCAACGAGGAUAUCGCCGUAUUUUCAAAACAGAUCAGACAAGAGAAGCCGUACUACAUCGCGGACCCGGAGGUGGACUCGCUAAUGGUUCAGGCGAUUCAGGUCCUCCGGUUUCACCUCCUCGAGCUCGAAAAGGUACACGAGCUCUGCGACAACUUCUGCCACCGGUACAUCAGCUGUCUGAAGGGCAAGAUGCCGAUAGACCUGGUGAUCGACGAUCGGGAGAGCUCGAAGCCGCCCGAGAUGGGUAACGGUCUGGACGGCAGCGGACCCAGGAGCACCGCCGACAGCACCAGCCACACGGACGGAGCCAGCACGCCGGACGUCGUGAGUACCUCACCAUCGUCAUCGUCUUACUAUCCGCACGACGCGCUCACCCCCCACCACCACCACCAUCACCAUCACCACCACCACCACCACCAGAAUAAUAACAACAAUAAUAAUAAUCACGCCGGGAUCGGCAGUACCGCCGCUACCACCCCCCUGCAACUGAGCCAAAACCAAAGCCAAAAUCACCACCCUGCGCCGCAGUCGAACACCACCACUACUACUGCUAUUACCCCAAGUAGCGCCGCCACAACUCCCAACUCCCUAAAGCGUACGCACCAACAGAUGAUGAUGGCAGCCGCGGCGGCAUCCGCGAUGGCCACCUCGCCGCACGCAGCCGCAUCCGCGCCCCCAGCGCACGCGCACGCCCUCGCCGCCUACCACAGCAUCAGCUCGGCCGUUUAUCCGUGCUCGUAAUAGAUUACCGCGCGACUUCCGUGCCGAUUCUGCGAGACCACUUCUGACUCUCUUGUCCUCCCCCCGCCGCUUAUCCCGUAAUUCUACCUCUUUAUUAUUCUUUGUGCCGUCGUGUUACGCUGUCUUCUUCGGUCGGCUCGGGUCAACCAAGCGGGGUGUAGGGGACUUCCUCGAGACGUCGCGAAAUCGGCAACGAUCCGUCAGCUGCGAUCGUUCCGUCGCGACUGACAACCUCGAGCGAAUCAUGUCGAACGCGCACGGCGCCCUCUGACUCGAGGUCACGAACGCGUGGGAGUCUGAACGCAACACCAGUCCAGGUCGCGAAUGGGCCUGUGAUCUCCUUCUCUCUCUCUCUUUUUCCCUGCAGGCAGACGCAGCUGGCACACCUGCCCGCGCAUCAGCUGCUCUGAUCGAGACGCGAGCACGUGUGGGCAGCGACUUCUGGAACUCUCUCCGUUAGCGUUCGCGAGUAACGUUCCGCGGGAGGUGCGAGAGAAGAAGGAGGGUUCCUUCGAGAUCGGUUUCGCGGGGGUAGGUCGCAGAAUCCACCGCUCGGGGACUCGCGGUUUGUUGGACUGGCGCUACUUGUUGGCACUCUUAGUAUGUUUCCGUCAAGUGUCUCGUACUGCUCCGCGAGCGGCGAGGGACGGGCGCCGAUCUCUCCCUCAGCUCGGCACUCGGCCGUUGGCUUUGACUUCGUUCAUUCCGUUCUCCUUUUUUCUCUCUCUCUCUCUCUCUAGUACUUUUUCUCGCUCACAGAGUCACGAGCCGCGUUCCCGAGAGAAAAAAAGAGCGCACGCGGGGCGUAUCUGUCUAACUGCAACUUUUCACGUUCACAAGCUCAAGUUAUUCUUUAUUGCACAUUCAAGUGUUUUAUCUCCGAGCGUGAAUUUCUCUCCGUUGACGUCGCGCGGAGGAGACGAUCGGACGCACAGAGCUUCGCUCGGCGUCGCCGGGAAUCCCAUAGUCUUCCGCUCGUCCAUCGUCGCGCGGUGCAUCGCCCAUAGAGAGAACUUCGCGUGUCUCUCGCGAAACUCGCGUUUCCAAGUCCGCGCGCGUUAACUUGCUCGCGCCAAUCUUCGUUCGACCGUGGCGUAUGUCCGACGUGGACUCUCAAUUACGUAAGCCGUCCCCGUCACGUGGCGCGGAAGAUUGUUUCUAAAUCCGUUUCGAGAGAGAGAGAGAGAGAGGACAGCAGCGGGGUUCGUCCGUUGACAUCGGCCCUCGGGAACGUUUCGCUUUGAAAACGUAUUCAGAGAUAUUCACGCUCCGAAACCGCCUCGGAAACCAGUCGUAAUGGGCUAUUAUCGGUGCGAGAGCGCCGAACGGCCGCUCGCGGGCGGCUGGCUCUCCGCGCGCGCAGCCUUAUGCAACCGAUCCUCCGCGUUUUGCUCUUCGUGCGGUCGGGACGUUUGGUUCUCUCUCUCUCUCUCUCUACCCAUCUGCGGGCCCGGCAGUUAUCGGAAAUAACGAGAUACGCGGUUCGCGCAUCGGUAAACCGCUCCGAGGAGCGAGGCGUUCGUUCUAUCUCGCGCGCGGGCACGCCUCGCUCCUUUUCUAUCUUUCUUUCUCAUUCUCUUCUCUCAACCUUCCCUCCUGUGACUCCCUCAAGGUCUCUCGCGGCACGGCAUGACGUACGAGACGUACGAGAUAUUUGUAUAAAAGAGCGGGCAUUAGGGGAGGAGGGCGCGUACGCUUCUUCUUACGCGAGACUUAGUUGUCGUCGGCACGAGGUUAAGUAGGUCGUCCAGCGAACUAGCUAGACCGCGACUAGGGUAGUUAGUGACAGAGAUAUGAAGCAAGUCGAACCGGCCACUCCAGUCGGCAGUGGUUCUGCGAGCGUUUCCCGGAUCGAACACGGCGAUCGUUUCGGAGCAACAAGAGAGGAUGCGGGGAGGGAAGAACAACACACACACACACACACACACACGGGUGUACGCGACGAUGUAAUACGCGGAACGUGAACCGUGGCGUACACACGCACACAUCAGGUGUGUAUAUCGACAGGUAGGAGAGACGGGGGCCGGUUAACUGAAUUUUAUCGCGACGUCGGGAGGGCGGGCAAGGUAGCGCGCGCCCUUGUCCCGUUUUUCUCCUUUCUUCACGUUUUUUUCUCCCCCUCCCCUUGAAUUUUUUUUCUUUCUCGUUCAUUUUAUCAACAACCGCCGCUACUGACCGCGAUUUAUACGCCGGAGUAUCGCGGAAUAUACGCAGAAAGGGGAGCACGAGAGCACGCGUGAGCGCGCCUGGUAGCCUGAAACGGCCUCGAUGCAGCCGCGCGCGUUGUGGACGAUGAUCGAUAUUAUCGGCGCGCGCGGUAGGCGUGUUUACGACAGGCAUUAUAUCGUCUACGCGGCGUCUACUUUCCAGGUAGCCUCUUUCGUGGGCGUACGCGCGCGGGGUGACGCGUCUUUCUCGAUCGAGACACCACGCGAGUAAUAGUAGGUAGACAGCGGCAGAAACAGUAACAACAGCGGCGGUAGCGAGGGCGAAGUUAAUCGAGAGCCGUCGCUCGAGGGACUAGCGUUUAGAUUCGCCGAGCAAACGCGCGCGCGAGAGAGAUUAUAACCGUGAUCUGAAUAUACGUAAUAGGAUUAAGGCUCAUACGCGUGACAGAGCGAAGUUUGUGUCUAUUUUUUCGUAGAAAACCUUCGGGACGUCGAGGAGUAAGGAACACAUGCGAUAGAUAGAUAGGCAGUACGUCGUGCGAGAACAAUGCGAGGAUAGCUAGGCGAACAGCGAGACGAGGUUACGUUUUGGAAAGCUUGUAGCAUUAGCGAGGUAAAUUAUAGCGUUUAACUUAUUGUUAGCUUAGCGCGGUUACCGGGAGUCGACGACGUAGAACUACGAGAGAGAGAGAGAGAGAGGGUGAAGACGCGAGGAGAAGAGAGAGGGAUUCGAAGCGAAAACGAGCGAUCGCGUAGACAGAGAGCGUAGGUUGAUAUUACUCUUCGAUCGAGCGAGAUCGCGUGGCGGGUGUGCGGGAUCGAGAGCUGUGCGUGAUUAGGUGAUAGCGGGCGAGCUUCGGUAAAUUCGCGCACUCGAGAUCGGGCUGCGAGGAAUGCGACGAACCCGAGAGAUAUAGAGAGCAAAGAUGCAGAGCGGAAGAUAAAAUCGCGGCGAUCCAGUUAAUCAAUUGCCACUAGGUCUCGGUACUCGUAACUAGGGAGUUGUGUGAGGUACAAGUCCUGAUCGGCAGGGCGCGCGAGGUCCACCCCCAAUCCCCCGUACUUAACAACCCUUGUAUAUAUCUUCUUGUGCAAAGCAAGCAAGAUAAAUGUAACAAAUUCGAGAUCGAAGGGAGAAAGAUCCUCCGACUCGAGAGGAUCGCCGAGAGCGAAGUGUCGAGCUCUCCCUGAGCUCUGGUGCCCCGCGCGAUCGUCCGGGAUAUCCUUCAUCCGGAUAUCGACGUGGUCUCUCGCGGCCAUGCGCGCGCUUGUGUACGCGCGCGCGUCGCUCGAAGAGGAACUGGAUACGAUAUACGUGCAUGCAUAUGCAGAGACACACACGUUCACAUAUAUACACACAUAUACGCGCGAUGCGAUCGUUCUGUCAAACGGAGACAUCGCGUGUACACUCGUGGGUAUGUCCACAAGCGGAGUCUCUCACAUGAGAGUACACACGUGUGCCUUGCUCUCGCACGCGUCUCCGCGAGGGAAGCGAACUCAAGGCUGCAUCCUUGAUGCUGCACGACAGGUACGUAAUACGAAAAUACGAAUGCAGGGCACCAGACCGGGGGGCGGUGAGCGAACUUCGCUCUCCGUGUCGCCGGCAACGCGACGGCGAUCUGCCGUCGCGACACGCGGCGACACUUGGCGGAUAUUUUGCGAGAACGCAAGGGUGUUGUACGGAGGUUGGGAGGGGUGGGCUUCGGCACCGGUCGAUCGGAACCCUAGUUACGAGUGCCGAACCUAGGGCCGAGAGGCCCCACGAGCCUCUCGGCUUCCGUUAACUGUUGAACGUAAAGAAAGAGAAUGACGGUCAUGGAAGAAAGAAGAAUGACCGAGGAGGCGAAGCGAAAUGGAAAUUGGGAGGAACGCGAGGAUCCAUCCAUCGAAGCGUGUUUCGUUCUGUUUUUGCACCACGACGAUCUUCAGGAUGUUGUUUGGCGAGAAUCGAUUAUUUUUGCGCGGGCGUUUGUUCACGUUCUGCAAAAUAAUUUCGAAUUUUCGGCAUGAUAGAAUUUUUGAGCAUUCGCGAAACGUGUUCUUUUCUCGCUUUCGAAGGCUGAACGGCUUCGGAAUCGCGAAAGCGAAGUGUGUAAAUUUUUGUACGACCAAAUGCUCAAGAAAUAUAAUUCGUUGGAAAGUACCCUUUCUUUUUUUACCACUGUUCUUUCUUCGUUUUGUUCCCAGCACCGCGCUCAAAUGAUCGAUUCGCGUCGGAUAAUUGUGUCGUUCGUUUUUCGGGCCGCACCGUGGAGGGUCUUCGAGCGUUACGAAACGAAAAUCUCGUGCGCGUUCGCACGAGACGCGCACAAGAUGCGGAGAGAGAUCGACUCUCGCGAUGGCGUGAGAUUUACAAAUUAAAGGACGCAGAAAAUAACGUGAAUACUUAGUGCCAUAGGUUGCAGCGUGCGCGCAUUCGCGUCGAGACUGUGUACUUAAUUAAAUACUAAUCGCGAGGAAGAUCGGCUUACGUUACUCUCGGGCGAGGAGACGGUGCAUCCGAUCAUUCUUUUAGUGCUCAAGCUUAGAGACCGUUACCAGAUAAUCAAAAGAGAGAGCGAGAUGUACGUUGUUCUUGAUCUUUGUUCUGUUCGGACUUAGGUUUUUUACCGCUUAUCUUCGUUUUUCUUCGCGUGUCUCGUCUGAAGGGGGAAGGAGGGAGUCGCGUGAGCUGCGAGAAUCGAGAGUGUGAUUUUUGUCGCGUUUCAAAUUUUAUAACAUCGCGCGUUUACGUUUUCUUUAAUGUCGUUUUUAUGCGUUCCGCGCGCGCGCGCGACGACCCGACGAUUUAUUAUCGUCGAUGCCGACGCGAGACUGCGAUCCACACGAUGCGGAGCACGGAGGGAAGAAAGAGGACAGAUUAGCUUUUGUCGAAAUUGCGUAAUUAGGAUUGAACGGUCGCGCAUGCUGCCCUCUUUUUUUCGGUCUCGCCGACGUAUAACGCCGCGGACACGCGCGUUUGUUGACGAUGACACCGCCGCCGUGUUACGUUUUUGUUUCGUAUUGUUUCUGUAAUUGUUAGAAUGUUUAUACGGAAUGUGUGCACGCGGCGUGCACACACACACACACACACACACACCAGACAGACGGAGACGGUGUGAAAGAUACAAAACACAGACGACAAGACACGGAAUAGGUAAGAGCUUCGAAUUUAUGUUACAACUUUUUCAACUACCGUACUUAACACAUACACAGAAAUACACACACACAUAACGCGCGCGAACAGAAACGACGCGAACGACGAAAGCCGACAACUGCUGUGUUUAACAUUAGCACGUGCAUUUAACGCGCGGAAGAGACAGACUUCCGGAGAACAGACAUUGUGCAUGUAUGUGUGUUUUACGAUUUACAACUUACUAGACUUAAGGGAAUGAAACGAAGAUGAAAAACUCACCCGAUCAUUGUAUACGAUUAGCCAUUAUAUAUAAAUAUAUAAAUAUAUAUAUAUAUAGUGAUAAUAUAUUAUCGAUAAUGAUACUUGUUUAUAGCAUUGUCUCAAUCAACGUAUUUUCAUUAUA